AUGGGCGGAAGAGGAAGAGGACGCGGCGCAGGGCAGGGAAUGGGUGGGAGAGAACGCAGUGUGGGCGGAGGAGGAGGCGCAGAGCAGGGAGUGGGUGGAAGAUAACGUAGCGUGGACGAAGGAGGCGCAGGAGGUGGAGGCGCAGAGCAGGGAGUGGGUGGAAGAUAACGUAGCGUGGACGAAGGAGGCGCAGGAGGUGGAGGCGCAGGGCAGGGAGUGGGUGGAAGAUAACGUAGCGUGGACGAAGGAGGCGCAGGAGGUGGAGGCGCAGGGCAGGGCAUGGGAAGAAGGGGUCCAAUACCCCGGGGAGAUCAUGUACGAGGGAAUCAUGGAGUUGGGCAGACAGUCCACUGUCUACAACUUCAACUUCAACAACCUACUCAUCCUCCUCGCCCUCAAGUUGUUGGUGUUGAUCGUGAUGAGUGGAGGGCUCGGGGUUGGUUUCCUCGGUCGCUCCCUGGAGGCUGGUAACGAGAUGUCCUGGGUGGAGGGGAAUGACCUGCUCUUCAUGACGACUUAUCUGGUGAGCGACGGCAUCGAGAGGUACGACUGUCUCAACCGUCUGGCCUGCCUCGACGACCACAAAGCCCAGCAACUACUGACGGCGGCGAUGAUGAUGAUCAAGGGAGCCAAGUACCUAAGACCGUUCAUGGGCUUCUCGCUGCAGAAGUACGAGCAGGUGGCCAUGGGCGUGGAGGAAGCUAUCUACUACAGGCGUGAGGGAGGCUCCUGCCGCGCCCGCUACCAGUGCCAGGCCAUACCCAGCCUCUAAGCCACGCCCAUGGCUGACAACCCACGCCGAGGACUGAUUUUACACGUCCAUGUUUAAUAUCAUACCCCGACUUUUGGUACCACACGCUCUCGUCUGAUACCACACGCCCACGUCUGAUACCACACGCCCACGUCUGACGUUACGCGUCAACGGCUAUGAACAAUUAUUGUUUUCUUGAAAAACAAUAACUGGUCAAUCACCUACAGUAUUAAGAGAGGAUUAGCUAAUCCUCUCAACCUUUUAGCUUUAAUACUUUAUUCAACAUAAACUAACUACCUAAACCACAAUGAGAACGGAACCUUCUUUAACACAGUAUUUCUCAUUUUCUUCAUUUAAAAAUUCUCCAUUUUAUCACAAUUAUUCAUCUAUCACAUCAAUAUUUCCAAUUGUUACCUCCACGUUACCAUGACAUCUCAAGUGUAUAUAUGAUGUACAAAACCUAUAUGAGUAUUAUACGUGUCGCAUAACUUAAUGUUGGGUCAAGUAAAAUGUAUUGUGUGUUAAGUUUGUGUUGUUGAUAUUGUUAUUGGAUUUUAUUAUUAUUAUUAUUUUAUUAUUGUUAUUACAAUAUAAAACAAUAAUUUCUACCAUUAUCUCUCGUCAACACAAAUGCCAACGGUGUAUUUUUUCCUAGUAUUGUCGUAGCCGUGUAUACUGAGGUUACCCUUGCACCAACAACUACUUCACUUCUUUAUUUUUUAUUAAUGGCGUUUGAGCUACACUUUACUGAAUUUAUUAAUGUUAUUUAUUUUGUAUAUAAGAAUA